AUGUUUCGAACUGGACAUCCGAUUACGCCGCACAGACAUCCGGCUUUCCUAGCAUCGUCUACUACAACCACAACUGUCAAUUCAUCAAUAUCAGCCACUAUCAAUACAAAUACAGCCCAUACAAGCUUCAUGGACAAUUCAAUCCACAAUAGGGUCCAAGAACCAGUGUUUGAAAAUACUGGUAGUACUGCUAUCACUACGAUCGUUUCUCCUAUGGUUAGUACUUCUGGCGUUGUAUCCAAUGUCGCAUCCACAGCCGCUGCGAGUAUGACAGCCAAAAUGUCAUUUAGACUGUCAAUGCUGGCAUCAUUGACUCCAAGACGGCCCACUGUCACCAAUCCAGCCCCUGUUGGCCAGAACCAUGAUAUUGAGCAAAACUAUGAUUCUGAUCAGGACUCUAUCAUCAGUGAUGUAACUGAACCAUUUAUACCAGACAGACUCGAUGGAGUAUCGACUGUAACCGUAAAAACUCGAGCUAUACAGCGACUAGUGUCAGCAGCUAGAAGAGACUGUGACCUUGAGAAUGAAUGGAUCGACCGUCAGUUGCUAAAGCAGUUGACUUGUCUGGACUCAUCAUCAAAGCGUACAUUGACUGCUGUCAAUGCAAGAACGGAUACCAAAGUGCUGGACACCAAGGCUUCCACAAGUGUCGAUUCUUGCGCAACAACGAUUGUCCUGGCCGACAAUUCAACAACUUUGGCUUUUGCCAAUCCACACAAGAAUCUACCGCCCAUUCCUCUCUUGGCUGCUACUGCAGAAUCACUCGCUCCAAUCCACAACGAAUCUAUUCAGAAUUUGUUAGGGUCUCGCUCACUAAAUCACACCCAAAGUCUGCGCUCACUCAAGACUUCGUUACCCGAUCGUCGUAGUCCUUUGGCUCUAAUCUCGACUACUGCUCCUCCAUCUCCUCCUGAUGCAGUCUUGGACACUUCCGAAUUCCAUCCAACUGCUCCACACUUGAAAUCUGCUACUGCUUCCGCAGCAAGUCCCUCAAUAUUGAAUACUCCCACUGAUCCACCAAGACUAUCGUAUAGCUCAUUACUGGAUCAGAAUGACUGGAUCUCUCUUUUUUCUCAUAGUGCCGAUGAUAUGUCCACCAUCAGUCACGUCACUGACGGUGCACUCGUUGAUGGCGAUUAUCAAAAUGAUGAUAAUAAUGGUAAUCUUGAGCAGUUGUUUUCCAAUAGUGGUAGUCGCAUCAUCGAUUGCAUCAACGCAACUCCAAGUGCUGACGCUCAGCCACUGCCCGAAUCUACUGUUGACACUGAUAUCCCAAUGUCUUGUGUCGAUUCAAAACCAUACUUUCAAAAUACUCCAUCUACACUACACUCUAGUCCGUGUACUGCAACUCGUCAACAUGAAUCGCAUGCAUUGACAUUCACUGCUGUUACUACUGCUAUCGCUCCUAGACAUAUACUUUCUUCAACUGCUUCUGUACAUAGCAAUUUGCCUACUGAUAAAAGUAAUGAGACUCCGGUUACGCGUCCAUCUGCAUUAGCACUUUCUCAUACACAGGCUCAUCUGGCAGUUAAUUCUAUGGUUCCAUCUCGUACAUCAUCAUUGCGAUCCAAGCAAAGACCAGAAGGACCUCCGCUGCAUCCAUAUCUCAUGAAGAAUGCAUUGAUUGAUUCAGCCGCAUCAGUAACAUCUGAUUCGCACCUUCAGUUUCAUUCUCCAGUUUCACACAGUCAUGUUGGCUAUUCUAAAAUGCUGGGUAAUCAUAGUCCAUUGAGUCCAUUGAGUUUGUUUGGAAAUAUAGAUUCGACUGUUUCUCAAAUGAAUGAUGGUUUAUCGGGUGGUAGUAUGGCAAAUUCACACUCUGGCAACGGAGGUGCAGCUGGAUCUGCACCUCUUUUGCAUGAUAGUGUUUUGCAUUCUAAUCAUUCAUUAUCUCAAUAUAAACUAAGCUCAAAUAGAAAGAGCAGUAGAAAGCAUUCUACACCUGUUAUUUCUGACCCAAUCUCUCCAAAACCUGAUGGAUGUACAUUGUCAGAUAGCACCUUUUAUCCAGGCAACACCAGUCCGCUACACAACCAUUUGAUGUGCUCUACGGAUUCUGACACUGCAGAUUCUUUUGAUAGUCCGAUUGCAAGUACUUUUCGUGCUUCCGUUGAUUCUCAAUUCAGUCAGUGGAGCGAUCCCUUAUCUGAAUCUCCAAAUCCUGAUUUUUGCACAAGGAUUAACCACUCGGCAGUCCGCAGAGCUUCGUAUGCUUCAGAACUCUCUGGAAAGCAAUCCAUUGUAGUAUCUCCUACGCUAUCACCCAUCACAGUCACCAAUGCAUCCCCAUUAUUUUCCUCAGCUGUUCAAGGCGAUGAAUCUGAAAAAAUGAGCAACAAAUGGGUUCAACGAGCCAAAAACGCACUACUUUCUCGCAAGUCAUCGGUUGGCUCAUCUUCUCUAAUUACACGACCUAUAUCAAUGAGUGUCCCAUUUCUUGUUGAUGGCUAUAAUGGUCGUUCUAGCUCCUCUAGUUUAGUAUCAGCAUUACCAUCUGGUGUCCAAAACUCCCUUCAAUCUGGUGCUACUGCUUAUUCUGGUUCUGCUCGUAGAAUAUCUACAAUAGGCUCAUUGGGUGGUAAUAAUUAUCUUGAACCCGUUUCUACCCCACCACAAUCUCACAUACAGUCCUCUACUGUAUUGCCAUUUAAUGCGUCAGGCAUAGCUUCAAAUACAGCACUGUCACCUUUACAUUCAACAUCAACUCGAGAUUCUAUAUCCACCAGUUCUACGUCCAUCUCAUCUGUACCACGCGAGCAAUGGCGUAAACUUUUUUCAGCACGAACACUUGGUGUCACAUCAAUGGGCACAUCUCUCAUUAAUUCGUUUUUGCGCAAAAAUGUCCAGUAUGAUUUGGAAACGGCUGCAUACAAGGGCAUUGAUCCACCUGAUCAGGGUGUACAGUGGAUUGCGGUGGAUUAUGAGCUAUUGCGUCGACCAUGGCGUAGUGCUGGACCACUGAUACCGACAAAUUGGAAUUCACAAGAUGAAAUGGAUCAGCGAGCAAUCAAUACACGUAUAUUGCUUUCCAAAGCCAGACGAUACAAUGCAAUUCACCGUAAAUCCAUUUCAUUUGAUAUAAAUGUAGAUAAAAAUGCAGUAAAGUCGGUCCUACCAACGCAGACAUCUGAUGCAUCUUGUAAAGUAGCACAUGUUUCACUGGAAACCACUGCACAAGCCGAUAGAGAUGUGCAUGAUUCUGAUGCCUUGGUACACACAAGCAAUAGGAUAACCUCGACAGUGUCUAAUGCGCGUGUUGACGAAUGUCAGCAAUCUCCUAAUGUACUGGCGAUUUCACCCAUUCUUCAACCUGCUACUGUUGAAUCUGAGUUAAAGCCGUCUAUUGAUACUUGUACCAAUUCACCCGAGAUUACGCCUACAACACAGAUAACUGAACGUCCUACAUUAGAGUCUCCAACCAUGGUCCACCCUGUUGAACGCAUGUCAGUGUAUUUGCCCAAACAAUGGGUAGUGGAUGAAUUCUUUUCUAUGAGACCCACUACCCGUCGCACAUUAACAACCAACACAAUGGACUCGAAGCAGCUUACUGAAAUGAGUCUUGCCAACCCACAUUUGAGCAAAUUCAAGCGAGCAAAAUCAUCGGUCCAUAUGUCGCUUAGUCGAUUUGGAUCAGUCCGAGGACCCAGUUCAGUUUCAACAGCCAUGACGGGUAAUGGAAAUGACGGAGGUAAAAGUAGAUUAAAAUCAUGGUGGAAACGAAGCCAAGUUGGAGGUGGUAGUGGAGGAGUACCCACUAGUUCAUAUACAGACAUGACGAAAGCAGCGUUUCAAGAAAUGUUUGAUCCAGUUGUACAUGCGGCCAAGAUCUGUAAAAACCAAUCAUCCAAUACGUCGUUGUUUUAUGCCGAUGUGAUACCUGGAAGUGAUGCAGGGUCGAUCAAAGAAGGUGGAAGGUCACCCUUUGGCAGUUUGAAUCGACCACGAUCUGUUAGUAGCGAUUUUGAUCCAACUAGGUAUUCCGAUAGUGGUGUAGAUGCGCUCGAUUUUAAUCUUCUAUCAGCAUCUUUACACGCCUCCUUGCCACAAUCACGCUCGUCUUCAGAUAUAUAUGGUAGUUUAUCAAGAUCUGCAGGUACGUCAUUGUACCCAUCAUCACCUUUAUUUGAACAAAAGUUGCUUCAGCAAGAGACCGAACAAGACUACUUUACCCAUUCAACUAUCACACGAGUUCGAAGUAGCACUGCGUGCUCUGAAAAUACGUUGGGCUUGAGAACGGACGAGGUUCGACUAAGCAGUGACUCUACUGUCAGCUGUCCAUCUAUGCGAUCCUAUCGAUUUGACUUUGAAGACACUGAUCGUGGUGGAAAUGACGAGUUUGAUGUCGAGUCCCUUUUAGGAGUUGUUUCAGUAUGCUCAUCUAUUGGAGAGUUGAUUGAUGGCGAUCGAGAUCAAAACCAAACAAUAUUUAGUCGGUAUUUAUGCCUUGAUCAUAACGUUGGUCAACUUUGA